UUUGGCCGUACCACACAGCAUGCGGGAGCUUAGUUCCCCGACCAGGGAUCGAACCCGUGUCCCCUGCAGUGGAAGCGUGGAGUCCUAACCACCGGACCGCCAGGGAAGCCCCUGGAGAGUUUUAAAUUCAGCUCUGUUGGUAGUGUAGGGUUCUGAGGAACUAUGGGAUGUAUAAAAUCAAAAAGGAAAGACAAUCUGAAAGACGAUGGAAUAGAUUUGAAGACUCAACCAGUACGUAAUACUGACCGAACUAUUUAUGUGAGAGAUCCAACGUCCAAUAAACAGCAAAGGCCAGUUGCAGACUCUCAGCUUUUACCAGGACAGAGGUUUCAAAAUACAGAUCCGGAGGAGCAAGGAGACAUCGUGGUCGCAUUGUACCCCUAUGAUGGCAUCCACCCAGACGACCUGUCCUUCAAGAAAGGAGAGAAGAUGAAAGUCCUGGAGGAGCAUGGAGAAUGGUGGAAAGCUAAAUCCCUUUCGACAAAGAGAGAAGGCUUCAUCCCCAGCAACUAUGUAGCCAAAGUCAACACCUUGGAAACGGAAGAGUGGUUUUUCAAGGAUAUAACCAGGAAAGAUGCAGAAAGGCAGCUUCUGGCACCAGGGAACAGCGCUGGAGCUUUUCUUAUCAGAGAAAGUGAAACGUUAAAAGGAAGUUACUCUCUGUCUGUCAGAGAUUAUGACCCCGUGCAUGGUGACGUUAUUAAGCACUACAAAAUCAGAAGUCUGGACAAUGGGGGUUAUUACAUCUCCCCACGAAUCACUUUUCCUUGUAUCAGUGACAUGAUUAAGCAUUACCAAAAGCAGUCAGAUGGCUUGUGCAGAAGAUUGGAGAAGGCAUGCAUUAGUCCCAAACCACAGAAGCCGUGGGACAAAGAUGCCUGGGAGAUCCCCCGGGAAUCCAUUAAGCUGGUGAAGAAGCUCGGCGCCGGGCAGUUUGGGGAAGUCUGGAUGGGUUACUAUAACAACAGUACCAAAGUGGCUGUAAAAACCCUGAAGCCGGGCACAAUGUCUGCGCAAGCAUUCCUGGAAGAGGCCAACCUCAUGAAGACCCUGCAGCAUGACAAGCUGGUGCGGCUCUACGCCGUGGUCACCAAGGAGGAGCCCAUCUACAUCAUCACCGAGUACAUGGCCAAGGGCAGUUUGCUGGAUUUCCUGAAGAGCGACGAAGGGGGCAGGGUGCUGCUUCCAAAGCUGAUUGACUUCUCUGCUCAGAUCGCGGAGGGAAUGGCAUACAUUGAGAGGAAGAACUACAUCCACAGGGACCUACGAGCCGCUAACGUCCUGGUCUCCGAGUCCCUCAUGUGCAAAAUCGCAGAUUUUGGCCUUGCUCGCGUGAUUGAGGAUAACGAGUACACAGCCAGGGAAGGUGCUAAGUUCCCCAUUAAGUGGACAGCUCCAGAAGCAAUCAACUUUGGAUGUUUCACUAUUAAGUCUGACGUGUGGUCCUUUGGAAUUCUCCUGUACGAAAUCGUCACCUAUGGGAAAAUUCCCUACCCAGGGAGAACUAACGCCGACGUGAUGACCGCCCUGUCACAGGGCUACAGGAUGCCCCGCAUGGAGAACUGCCCGGACGAGCUCUACGACAUCAUGAAAAUGUGCUGGAAAGAAAAGGCCGAGGAGAGGCCCACGUUCGACUACCUGCAGAGCGUCCUGGACGACUUCUACACGGCCACGGAGGGCCAGUACCAGCAGCAGCCUUAGGGCGCACGGGACUCGGGCCACUCGCGGGACGGCUGCCUUCCUAAAGGGAAAACAUAAUGAUCCCUGCUCACUAGUUAUUUCCUGGGCUGCGGUCGGCGGCCACCCCUGCUUCCCACACACGAGGCUAACACUCAGGAAGAACACCCCCCGUGGGAAAGGAUUCUGCUCUCAAAGGCCACUGCCUACCAGUGCGUGGCCUGGCCUGCCCCCUGGCCUCGCUAGACCAACAUCUGGACGUGGGCUUCUGAGAAGAAAACACCUGUCCCACCAAAAGUGCACCCAUAUCGGCCUCGUGUUUACAAGGGGAUGUGCGACUCAGAGGUUCAGAGGCCAUUUCAGUAAAUCCCAGACAGGAGCACAGCUGAACUCAUUUAUAAAAGUAAAAUAACCAUAUGCCUUUCGUGACGCUUCUAUGUAUUUUCUCUAUGCUUUAGCUUCUUUGUUGAAAAAAAAAAUUUACUAAUCCAACCUGGUAGAUUUUGCAGGUGAAGUCAGAAGGUUCAGUGUCGUUCCCAGAUUUCAGUGAUCUCCCACCCCCUGCAAUCUGAGACUGUUCAAUGUUUCCUUUGGUGGAGACCGCUCAGAACCCCAGCUGGGAAAAGGGGUCUCUUUCCUUGCAAGUGUCACCUGCAAGCAGACAGGGCAGCCGUGUUAAGCGACAUGGACCCCCCCCCGCCGCCAACGCCCAGCAGCCGGGGUUUGCCCAGACCACCCUGGAAAGGAGCUUUAGAAACUGCUCUGCCAUAAGAAGGAAUACUUUUUAACGGUUCAGCUUUGCAUUUCCACAAAUUUCCUGUAUCCAGACUUUUUUGGACAAUGUAGUUUGGAAGAAUGAUAAGAUUCUGAUCUCUGCAGAAACUUCCAGGGCCUUACAAAACAUCAGAAUUUUCUUUAUUGCUUCAAAUGAUUUUGAAUAUUGUUUUAAUGAUCAAGUAUUCAUUUUAGUCAUACUCUAGAAAGUAACAAUGUCAUAUUUGGGGGCUAUUUUUGUGAUUCAGCCAUCUUUUCUAAACUGUGUAAGGUCUGUGUGAGGCUAUUUAUAUGAAGAUAUGAUGGAAAAUAAAUGAGUCAGGAGGCUCAACUGAGCCACUGGAGCAAGAGAGACAAGAGGUUUUGUUUAUUUAAUUUUUCUACUGUAAGCUUUGAAUGGAAAACGCUAUAUCACAUCACAUUUCACUUAUGCUGUUGUGUAUAUACCUAAUAUUUCCAUUUUUGAUUUUAUUUUAAUACACCCGGCCCAGUAACGUGAAGCUUUUCACUGGCGUUUAACAUUGCCUACUGUCAUCAAUAUAAAAAUGAGUACCAGUUGGUGGGGUGGGAUGAGAGGUGAUUCCAUUAGAUACAUCCUUUACAAAAUUGUGUACAAGCGGGGCUUCCCUGGUGGCGCAGUGGUUGGGAGUCCGCCUGCCGAUGCAGGGGGGGCG